CGCUGCUGCUACGAGAGGGAAAGUUAGGUGAAAGUAUCUCGGGUGGAAGAGUUUUAGGUGGGAAAUAUAUAUAUUAAAAAAAAACAACUUUGAGCCGGGUCUUCCCCAGGUGAGUGAGGGAGGUCCACUCACAACAGAUCCGAAGCGACGGCGCCCAUUUGGGGUUCGAAACUCUUGUGAGAGAAGAAAAGGAGAAUGGAAAAAUAGGAAAAAGAGUCACGAGCUGGGAGCAAACAAGGAAGGGAAGGAGGUUUCAGCGUUGGAAAGCAAAGUGCAGCCUCUGCUGCUUGACUGUGCGCGCAAAACGAGAAGGAACACAAGAGCUGCGCUGAACGUUGUUUGGUAUUGAGAGCCAGCCGGAGAAAGUUUUCCCAUUUUCCGGUCAAAGCUUGUUCCCACUCUCCCGCCUUGCUUUACCUGGGAAAAGGAAGUCUAUUCCUUCCGGCGGCGUGUGGGGUCUGAGACAAGAAGGAGCGGGGCUGCCUCUUUAAACCGCACCUGUAGAGUGCAGAGGAAAUCAACCGGAGCAAUAUUAUUAACAAAUAAACGACAACUAAAGAUCUCCAAAUACUUUAAGGACCUAAGGAUUGGAAUAUAUAUACACACAUAUAUUGUCUGCAUUUAUCUCAUUCACAGAUCUUCUGGAAGCAAAUGAAGGGGAAGAGACUCAAUUUAUGAAAAUAUAUUUAAAGCACAAUUUUCACUUUUUUUAAAAAAAGUAGGUAUAAAUUGUUCGCAGUUUCACCUGUCUCCCCCUGACGGAGGAUGGUAACUAUGCGGGAGAUCUAAUUGUUAUUAGCGAGCCCAGCGAGCAGUCUUUCGCGCUCAGGUGUGCUGCUCGCGCGGGGGGACCACUCACCUGUGCUCACCUGCACCGCGCGGGGACCACUCACCUGUUCUCACCAGCCGCCCCGCCGUGGCCGUCACUAUGAAGGUGACGGUGCAGUUCGGCCGCACUGGGAUCGUCGUGCCUUGUGGGGACGGGACACUCACCGUCCAACAACUCAUCCACCAAGCCGUGCAGAGGUACUGCAAGAACACCGCCAAGGAUGCUGGAUAUUCGAUUAAGAUUCACCAUUUAGAAUAUAUGGAUGGAGGAAUACUGGAUCCAGAUGACAUACUGAUUGAUGUCGUAGAAGACAAAGAUAAGCUUGUCGCUGUGUACGAGGAGCAAGAGAUGCACCGUGCGGAUGAAGUCGCCAAUGGCAGCCUGGCAGACAGGCAGAGCCCAGAUACCUUCGAGAGUGAGCUGGCAGCUCAGUUAGCGGCUUUUCAGCCCAUUACAGGAGAAAUCGAAGUCACCCCCUCGGCACUGAAAGGUGGCACACCACUCAUGGUGCGGAGAAGCAGUGAUCCAGCGCUGGUCCCACCUGCUCUGUUUCAACCAGGUGCUUCUCAUUCUGAUGAAUCUCCUAAUAGGAACCUGAUCGUGAAGCCUGUCAUAGCGGGAGCGAACUGGGCACCUACAGAUGAUGUAAGAACAGACCACUCAGGACUGAUGGACAACCAUUCAAAAUGCACUUAUAGUGAUUUGACAAAGAAGGUGGAGUUUUCUGGAGAUGGUGGCCCCCUGGGAAUCCAUGUAGUACCCUUUAACUCUACACUGAGUGGAAGAUUCCUUGGUCUGUGCAUUCGUGGCAUUGAAGAGAACAGCCGAUCAAAAAGAGAGAGGCUGCUCCAAGAGAACGAGUGCAUUGUCAAAAUUAAUGACAGCGAUUUAACAGACAGAACAUUUGUUCAAGCGCAGGAGGUUUUUCGGAAUGCAAUGCAGCUUCCUGCUGUGCAGCUCCAGAUCGUUCCAGGUUAUAACAGGGAUCGGUAUGAGAGGUCAGCAAUUGGAUCCCUCAGUAGUUACAACCACGAAGAUGAUUCCAAAACCAAGUUUCCACCUCCAUUACGUCCAAAGCCAACCAGCAAACCUACGGAUUUGACUUAUUCCAGUAGUUCUGAGAAUAGCUCACCCUUGAUUUUAAUGCAGAUCAGUAGCCCUAAACAGUUGAGGAGCAACAGUCACUCAGUACUGCCAAAGAAAACGUCCUCACCAACAUCAUUUGGUGGACUUGGGACCAAGAAACAAGGAAAAAAGAUCAAAAUCGAUUUGAAAAAAGGUACAGAGGGUCUUGGUUUCACAGUAGUCACCAGAGAGUCAUCUGUGCAUGGACCUGGUCCCAUCCUCGUCAAAAAUAUUCUGCAAAGAGGGGCGGCAGUAAAAGAUGGUAGACUGCAGUCUGGAGACAGAAUCCUGGAGGUGAAUGGCAUUGACAUAACGGGGAAGGCUCAGGAGGAGCUAGUCGCCAUGCUGCGAAGCACUAAACAAGGAGAAACUGUUGCUCUUGUGAUUGCUCGUCAAGAUGAUGUCUUUGUGCCUCGAGAAUUGAAGGGGGAACAGAACUGUAAUCUGCCAGGAGAUGAUAAAAAGGAGUACCUGACCUUUGAGAUCCCGCUCAAUGACUCGGGCUCUGCUGGGCUGGGCAUCAGCCUUAAAGGGAACAAAUCCAAGGACACCGGGGCCGACCUUGGCAUAUUCAUUAAGGCCAUUCUUCAUGGAGGGGCAGCCUUUAAGGAUGGGCGGCUACGGAUGAAUGAUCAGCUGAUUGCAGUGAAUGGCGAACACCUACUGGAGAAAUCUAACCAUGAGGCUUUGGAAACAUUACGGCGAUCCAUGUCAAUGGAGGGAAACAUCCGAGGAAUGAUCCAGGUGAUGGUGGCCAGGAGGAUGGAAAAACACCAAGAGGAUCGUCUGGAGGUUGGUGGUGUGCAAAUACACAAUACUCGCAGCAGUAAUGGUACCAGCCAGUGGCAUACCCAAUCACCUGGUUUCCGAGAGAGGGUGACUAUAGUGAAUGAUGAUGGAGAGGCUGAAAUUCCACCUCCGGAUCCACCACAUCCCGAAGAAGAGGAAGCCAUGGGAGUGUACAAAAUGUGGUCUUUUCGUGAAGAUAAAAGCUCCGACCUCAAUUCUGCUUCACAAAUGCUGCAACAAAGGCCGAUGGCUGGACCUGCAGAAAGUCAGGCCAGCAACACUGUCAAACGGCAGUCUCCUGGCAAAAUCAGCAGUUCGAAGAGCAUGGAUUUGGUGGCAGAUGAGAGCAACGUUGGAUCUCUGGCAAUGUAUCAAUACGAUUCCAUAGGGAACGAUGUGGGUCCCAUGCUGGGCUUGAAGAAGUCUAGCUCUCUUGAGAGUUUGCAAACGGCCGUAGCUGAGGUCAGGAAGAACGAGCUCCCCUUCCACAGACCCCGACCUCAUAUGGUACGUGGUCGGGGUUGUAAUGAAAGCUUCAGAGCUGCUAUUGACAAGUCCUACGAUGGACCAGAGAUCCCUGACGAUGAUUCUGAAGAGAGCUCCCAGUCAGGCCAUGAGACCCCAGGCAGUGAAUCCACAUUACAAGGGAAUGCAGAGCUUGAGGACGUGGAGAACUCAGACAGCAAGGCAAAGAAAGAGAAAAAGAAGAAAGAGAAGAAAGAGAAGGUGAAAAUAAAAGGAAAGGACAAAGACAAAGAGAAGAAGAAGGAAAACGAAAGCCAAGAAAAGAAAGCUAAGAAGAAAGGAUUCGGUGCAAUGCUUAGAUUUGGUAAAAAGAAAGAGGAAAAAGGGAAGGAACAAAAGUCUAAGCAAAAGAGUGAUGGCCUGAAUGAAGAAGAGCUGGAGAGAAUGAAGGAAGAGCGUGACAGGAUUGAAGCCAAGCACCAGGAGUUGAGGGAGAGGCAGGCGAAGGAACGGUAUGAUCAGCUGCCCUCCACUGGCCCCUCAGUGCCUGACAUCGAAGAUGAUGACAUGGACCCCAACUAUGCCAAAGUGAACCACUUCCGGGAGCCGCCCCCAACUGCUAGUGUGUUCAAGGCCCCUUCUCCCCAGCUGCACUCGAUAAACCCGCCUCGGGACUUUACUGCAGAGCAGGAAAACCUGGAUGGACUGUAUGCCAAGAUCAACAAGCAGCAGACCCCCACUCCAGACAGUGCAAGACCCGCUAACUUGGACCGAAUCCACCAACUGAGGAAGGAGUACCAUCAGGCCAGAAGGGAGGGUGCCAUUCCAUCUUACGAAGAGCUUGAAGGCAGGCGGUGGCCUAAUGACUAUGAACCACCUUGGAUACAAGCUCCUGUAAAAGGGCCAAAUGGUCGAUCCCAAUUUGAAGAGCUGGAACAUCAGUACACUACCUUACCAAGGCAUCUUCCUGGAGAGCCGGAUGAAUAUCAUCUUCGGGGCCCCUAUGGUGACCGAGAGCCACCCCGGUACCUGGGAGCCCAGCAUCAUGUUGCAGGAUACCCGCAUCGAGGGAGUUAUCCCCGAAAUGCGGCUGACGGCCGCCUGGACCCGAGGAUCCCUGACUACCUGAACAGCGCCAGGCUGCGGGAGGCUGCGUACAAUCUUCCAAACCAGUACAAGGGGCCCCACAGGCACGAUGUGCCUCCAUCCCCAACGCAGACUUUUAAAAUGCCUCGCCACCACGACCACGGCAAGAUGGCAUACAGGGAGAGCAGCCCGGACCGAUAUAGGUACCCCUACCAGGAUGGCCGGCAUCAAGAUCCCAGGCAAAAGAAUGGUAUGACAGCAGCUGUCUAGUCAAAAGUUGGUACAAAGGCAUUGUAUUACAGCACAAAGGGAAUACAUCAACAGACCUGGUCUUCCACUGCUGGUCCACAUCUCUAAUUGCUCUGUUCUACAUCUGAAUUCAACUUAAGUUUUAUUCCAAUAUGUUUUAUGAAAGAAUGGCCAGUCCCACCAGUCAGAUGAGAAUGAUCAUUUUGCCUGCCCUGAUGAAUAGUUACGUGAUGCUAAUCAAGUUUGCAGAUAAGUCGUUGAACUGCCUUUACCGUGAUCAGGUUUACAAAUAACGCUCUAAAGGAAAGCUGAUGGAGAUCGACCCUGCAACAAGGGAACACUUUCCCCAGUAAGGAACCACAGAUCCUUUCCUGAUAAGGCUGCAGUAAAGAUAACACGAUUGUUAAUCCUCAUUGAAAAUUUCAUCACAUAGUCAGAAUGGUGAGGCUGCAAGGGAAUCAAGUCCGUGUCUAGAAUUAACUACAGCACACCUUGCAAAUAAGGAAAUAUUCCGGGGCGAGAAUUUAAUUGCAAUUUUCAAAUGAGCGUAUAAACCAGCAAAGGGACAUUAUCUAAAUCCUUGAUUCAGUCGUCAGCAAUGCAUCAAUUCCCAGGUAUUCUCCAUGUAAUUGUUUAUUAUACAUGUGAUGGUCCACAUGUAAAAAUGUAAAUGGGCUAGCCUUGAACUGCUUUGUGAAGGAAUGUACAUGAUAGUGAAGCUGUAAGUGCCAAAUUUAGGCUGAAAUGACCUAGAGUUUAAGAGCCAAGAAGAACUUUCCAGAACCAGCAUGGUACAGACUCUAGCACUGUGAUGCUUAUUUUACCUGUUUAAUGAUGCUUCCUAAGAUAUUAACAAGCACAAACCAUGACGAAUGCACAGCUUUUGCAAUGCAAUGAUUUGGAAAUGCUUAUUGUUAAUCCACACAUUUUAUAGCGCGUACCAUUAUAUUGUAAUCUCACAAGAAAGCAGUUUCUAUUAUUGGCAAUACCAUAUGAGUUUAAAAGUCCUUCUUGUAUCUCUUCCACAUGACAUCAUUCCCCAUACUAUUCAGCCCCAGCUGUUCAAUUAUCUCUCCACGGACCGGCAAUAAUUUCCCUUUUAAUAUGUCAAAUACUCUUUCAAUAUCUGGUUAUUAGCAAGAUAUAAUUUGUGAUACCAGAUCAAAAAUUGUUCUCAAAGCCUGCUGUCCAUUUGCUAAGAGAUGCCAUUUAGUGUGUUUCAGAGAAUUAUCAGCCUCCUAUCACCACCUAAUGAUGUCAUACAGCUGGCCUAAAAUAUAUAGGAAGACUAUAAAUGUCAGUUUAAGAGAGCUUUUGCAAUUAAAUUUAAUUAAAAAUGGGUUUUCAUCAGUAAUUAAAUAGAAAAUGUGUUUCCCUGUCUUAAUAAGCAUUCUGCACUCAUGAGAAAAAGAAAAUGAACUCCCAGAUCUCCAUGUAAUUUCAGUUAGUAUCAAGUAGGGUAACAUUAAGAUCUGAUGGCAAGAGGUCUCUAACCGCACUCUUCCAUCAACAUUUAAUGGCUCAAGUGAGUCUUAUGCGGUUUUACUGAGCAAACGAACUUGGAAGAUCCCACAUCCAUCAGUGCGUGCUGUUAACUGAUCUCUACCGGAGUAGCUGUAACUGGCUUCUGGAUAUGGGUGGGGGUUGCAGUAAUGAGGAUCAGCCAGGCUUCCUGCCGUUGAUAAGUUACCCAAUGACCCACACCUCCCUCUCGCACCCUCAUCCCAGUGCCAUGUUUGACGUAGAUGGAACAGGUUUGACUGAAGUUCACCCUCCCUACACCAACCACCCCCCCUCCC